AUGGAGCAACCCCUUGGUUAUGAAAUUCGAGGUCAAGAAAGCAAGCCGUAUAGACUAAAGGAGGCUAUUUAUGGGCUGAAGAAAGCUACAUGGGCAUGGUACAAUAAUAUUGACUCAUAUUUGAUGGGCAAUGGCUUUAUGGGCGUGACGGGUAAACAAGCUUAUAGUGCAAAUGCAAAUAGGAGUGGGACAAAACAUCCUACAUAUAUAGGUAUGAGAAAGAGAAAGUGGGGUUUGUGGGUGUCAGAAAUUAGAGAGCCGGUGAAGGAGAAGAGAAUAUGGCUUGGCUCAUUUCGCUCACCAGAGAUGACAGCUCGUGUACAUGAUGCAGCUGCUUUUGCUUUAAGAGGGAAGUCAGCCAAUUUCAAUUUCCCUGACUCGAUUCACUCCCUUCCUUGCCCUGCAACUUCCUCUGCAACAGAUAUUCAGGCUGCUGCUGUCCAAGCUGCAUACUCUUCUUCUCAACAGCCAGAGAAACAAAUAACACAGCUAUUUUCCAACAUGAACAGUGAUGAUAUUACCAAUGCUAUUCUUGGUUUAGAGCUCUUUCCAUAG